AUGGCCACCCCGGUUUCUGAAGCAUCUUCAGCCGAAGGACAAUCUAUGGUACAAGAAGUUAACGAGGCAUCAAAGGAGCCUAGAUGUGUGCAGGUGAACAGGCCACGUCCCAAUAGACUUCACUCUGGACCAAGGCAAUAUUUUACUGGUGGAUACCUCGUAUCUGUUACUAUACACAUACCAAACCCACUAGCAAAGGCAAAAUCUGGCUCUGUCCUGUACUAA